UGGGCGCGAGGGCGCUCUCCGUGGCGGGGAUCCACUCUCACCUCGGCGUACUCGCCGAGGUAGGCGGCCCCCAGCCUCGGUUCCCCGGCGGAUUCAUUCCCACUCUGGGCGGUCGCUCUGAUGUCUUUCCAAUCUUAAGCCUCAUGAAGAUGGGUCUUAUUGUUUAUCAGGCCUGCGGGUUCAGUUAUCAGGAUCACUUUCUUCCCCAGGGUGUACUCCAGAUCUCCAGAUGUCCGCCUGUGGGGUUCAACAGAGGAUGAGUCCUCUGUCUUUCUGUCAUCAGUAAGCCACUCUUCCCACCUGCUCUCCUGCCAUCCACUGUCCUCAUGUCUACCUUACUCCUCAAUCUGGAUUUUGGUGAACCUGCCCCCAAAAAAGCAUUUGAGGGGAAUGCCAAGCACCGCAAAUUUGUCAGGAAGCGGCGGCUCUUGGAACGGAGAGGCUUUCUGAAUAAGAAGAACCAACCCCCGAGCAAGGCGCCUAAGCUGCACUCAGAACCUCCAAAGAAAGGGGAGACUUCUAGCGUGGAUGGCACUUGGAAGGUCUCUCCCCUUCCAAAAAAGAAGACCGUUGCCUCCAGCAAUGGACCAGAGCAGUCCCUGGACAAGAAGGCUGCAGUGCCGUGGCUGACCCCUGCCCCUGCACGGAAGGCCGGGUCUGCAGUGGCUAAGGUGGAUUUGCUGGGGGAGUUCCAGAGUGCCCUUCCAAAGAUUAGGAGCCACCCAACUCGCCCCCACAAGAAGGGCCCCCAGAAGAACCCUACUCAGAAGAAUGCUCCACAGAGCUUCUCCCAGCCUCAUUCAGACAAUAAAUGUCCCGGAGCAUCCCUGAAGAUGCCAAGGAAGAUGGUGGCCAUUGACUGUGAGAUGGUGGGCACAGGACCCAAAGGGCACGUCAGUUCCCUGGCCCGAUGUAGCAUUGUCAACUACCACGGAGACGUGCUUUAUGAUGAGUAUGUCCUUCCUCCCUGCCACAUCGUGGACUACCGGACCAGAUGGAGUGGCAUCCGGAAGCAGCACAUGGUGAAUGCUACCCCUUUCAAGAUCGCCCGGAGCCAGAUCUUGAAGAUCCUCACAGGGAAGAUAGUGGUGGGCCAUGCCAUCCACAACGACUUCAAAGCCCUGCAGUACUUCCACCCCAAGUCCCUCACCCGCGACACCUCCCAUAUACCCCCUCUCAACCGGAAGGCCGACUGCCCGGAGAAUGCCACCAUGUCCCUGAAGACUCUCACCAAGAAACUUCUGAACCGCGACAUCCAGGUCGGGAAAAGUGGACACUCCUCCGUGGAAGACGCUCAGGCCACCAUGGAGCUGUACAAGUUGGUUGAAGUCGAGUGGGAACAGCAGCUGGCCCAGAACCCCCCAAAAGGCUAGCGGCAGCGGGGACGCAGGGGACACAGGAGAGCCGGCCGUGGACCGUGAGGGAGAUGGAGGCUCCGCCCCAGGCUCAAUAGUCAUUGAAGUUUCACCUCAGGUGUUGUGUCGUGUGUCUGGUUAAGUGUUCCGAGGAAGGAGGAAGUCUCCGCGUCAGAAGCAGCCCUACACUGUUUACCUCUUACACGGUGCUAAGCACAGGUCCCAGGGUGCGGGGCUCCCACGGGCCUUCGGACCUUCACGGGGCACCCUGGGCAGUGUAGUUUCCCAAGCGGCAUUAUCCCCGGGAGGCCACAGGUCCCAUCGUAUGCCUUUUGUUCUCAAGUAAUUAGCAGCAUCCUCUUUCGCUCUCCAAAGUACCCUGGUCGGAUGACAGCAUAUCCCAGACUCCGCUUUUGGCUCAGAGCCUCCAGCUAGUCUGUGGUGGCCUGUCGCCCAUCCUUCCCACCUUGACCUCCAGAGGAUCCAUCCUGGGGGAGGUUCAGUUCCCCUUCGGGUUACAAGACAGUAGAGGUAAGAGCGUGACUUGGAAAUCAACUUUUCUGGUUUAGGAAAGCAGUCUCUCUCGUAAAGUAAUAGAGAAUUUAUUCAAUUUAGAUCCCCCUUGAUAGGUUAAAAAAGAAUUUUAAGCAUUUUCGUGGUUUUUAGUGUUUUGCUUUGUUAAACCAAAUCUCUAAAGACUCAAAUUAUUCCCUCGAUAAAUGUUUGUAACGGAAGAACUUUUAA